GUACCAAUCAGGGGUCUAGUCUAUUCACUAUCCAGGUAAGUAUACAAUAGCCGAUUCCUGGAAAGAAAAAAAGCUCAAGUCCCUGUAGAGUGACACAUCUUUUAUUACCUGUCCAAGGCUGUGAUCAGCGAAACAAGGAAAUCUCUGCUUAUUCCCACACUGCAGGAGAGACAGGCAACUGUAAAAAUAACCUUGGCACUUAUCUAAUUUGCUAAAAUGUCUGAAAAGUAUAUACGAUACCAGGGAAUCAUUUUUCCUGCCAUCUCCUCAGAAGAAAGUCAUUUUCAAUAUGUACGUAAUGAGUUCCAAGUCAGGGAUAAUGAUAUCUUUAAUAUCACCUUCCCGAAAUCAGGAACUACCUGGAUGCUGGAAAUAUUGAGCCUUAUAUACAAAAAUGGAGACGCAACCUGGUGCAACACAGUCCAAAACUGGGAAAGAGCCCCAUGGGUUGAAGCGAAGGAUUUAUGUGCGAUUGUAGAAAAGAACACUUCACAACGGCUUAUCUCCUCUCACCUUCCUAUACAGCUAUUCCCCAAGUCCAUUUACAACUCAAAUGCCAAGAUUGUAUACACAGCUCGAAAUCCAAGAGACGUUGUAGUGUCUUUACACUAUAUGUGCAAAACGGCACAAUUUCUUGAACCUCCUGAAAACUUCACAGAAACCCUUGAUCUUUUCCUGAAGGGUGAAGUAAUAUAUGGAAACUGGUUUGAUCAUAUCACUGGAUGGCUUGGAAUGAAAGACAAGCUUAAUAUUUUAUAUAUAACAUAUGAAGAGCUGAAAAAGGACCUACGUGGAUCUGUGGUGAAGCUCUGUAAUUUCCUGGGGAAGGAGCUGGAUGACGCAGCUAUUGAUUCUGUUGUGGAAAAUGCCUCUUUCAAGGUCAUGAAGAACAACAAUAUGUCAAACUUCUCACAAUCUGAUCAAAUCAAUGCCAACAUAAGUCCCUUCAUGCGAAAAGGAGUUACAGGUGAUUGGAAGAACCAUUUCACAGUGGCACAGAGUGAGCAUUUUGAUGCUGUUUACCAAGAAAGGAUGAAAGAUGUGAAGAUGAAAUUUCCUUGGGACCAAACUAGCAUUGCAUAGAACUGCAUUGUGGCUGUUCCUCAUUGCUAAGGCAUGAGCUCCACAUGACUGCCUUGCGAAGUGUGAAGUUAGUCUGGGAAUUUUAGUCCACUGCCCAAGUGCAAUGAAGAACUACAUGUAAACUUUGUCCAUGCACAACAGAGCAUUAAAAGCCAAUUCAGUGAUAUGAUAUUUAUUUUUUAUCUAAGACUCACUGAAAUUUAUUAUAUCAAAAUAACAGUUUGCUUUAAUUUUUUUAGUGCCGUGUCUUCAAAUUAUGAAUAUAUCUCUGAAGCUGCUUUUAUUGCAUUCACUAACUUGUGGGUUUACACCAGAGCUUCAUGCAUAUAUGCAGUCGUUCUGAAAAUGUAUACUUCAUAGCUACACGGUGUUAUUAGCUGAAAUAAAAGCAU